AUGGAGGACAGUCUGCUGGAGAUCAUGACCAAGGACGGCGGCGACAUGCCGGCGCCUCUGGAGGUGUCCACGGUGCCAGCCGUGGGGGACGUGAUCUCUGGGGAGUAUAACGGCGGUAUGAAGGAACUGAUGGAGCACCUGAAGGCUCAGCUGCAGGCCCUGUUUGAGGACGUGAGGGCCAUGCGAGGGGCACUGGACGAGCAGGCCUCGCACAUCCAGGUUCUGUCGGACGACGUGUGCGCCAACCAGCGGGCCAUAGUGUCCAUGUGCCAGAUUAUGACCACUGCGCCCCGCCAGGGAGGCUUGGGCGUGGCCGGCGGCAAGGGGAGCUUCCCGAGUGUUCCCCACGAGCCAGAGACACCUUUGCCUGGGAUCGGGGACAGCGGCUUGCUGGGUCGCGAUCCCGAGGAAGAGGACGAAGAGGAGAAAGGGACACCUAACCCCGCCACACCCACCAGUCACUGCGAGCGCUCCGAAAGCCCUGGUCCCCUUGGGGAGGAUGGGCCACUUGUGGAGCCCCUCGACCUGCCUGACAUUACCCUGCUGCAGCUGGAGGGCGAGGCCUCUCUGUGA